GGCGGGGCUUCCGGCCGUCAGUGGAGGCAGGGGGAAAGGUGAAGCGGCUGCCUCGCUGGGACCGUGGGGCGUGCCAUGGCGGUGAACCUGAGCCGGAACGGGCCGGCGCUGCAGGAGGCCUACGUGCGUGUGGUCACCGAGAAAUCCCCGACCGACUGGGCUCUUUUUACCUAUGAAGGGAACAGCAAUGACAUCCGUGUGGCUGGCACAGGGGAGGGAGGUCUGGAGGAGCUGGUGGAGGAGCUCAACAGCGGGAAGGUGAUGUAUGCCUUCUGCAGGGUGAAGGACCCCAACUCCGGCCUGCCCAAGUUUGUCCUCAUCAACUGGACAGGCGAGGGUGUGAAUGAUGUGCGGAAGGGAGCAUGCGCCAACCACGUCAGCACCAUGGCCAACUUCCUGAAGGGUGCCCAUGUGACCAUCAAUGCACGGGCUGAGGAGGAUGUGGAGCCUGAGUGCAUCAUGGAGAAAGUUGCCAAGGCCUCUGGGGCCAAUUACAGCUUCCACAGGGAAAGCAGCUGCUUCCAGGAUGCAGGGCCGCAGGCCCCAGUGGGCUCUGUGUACCAGAAGACCAAUGCCAUAUCUGAGAUCAAGAGAGUUGGCAAAGAUAGCUUCUGGGCCAAAGCUGAGAAGGAAGAGGAGAACCGUCGCCUGGAGGAGAAGCGACGGGCUGAGGAGGAGCGGCAGCGGCUGGAGGAGGAGCGCCGUGAGCGAGAGCUGCAGGAGGCUGCGCGCCGUGAGCAGCGCUACCAGGAGCAGCACAGACCAGCUGGGCCCCCAAGCAGGACGUGUGAGCUGGAGCAAGGAGUGGUUUCAAGGAACAGACAGGAAUGGGAGUCUGCAGGGCAGCAGGCCCCACACCCACGAGAGAUUUUCAAGCAGAAGGAAAGGGCUAUGUCCACCACCUCCAUCUCCAGCUCUCAACCAGGCAAGCUGAAGAGCCCCUUCCUGCAGAAACAACUCACUCAACCAGAAGCCUCGUAUGGCAGAGAGCCCAGUCCUCCUGUCUCACAGCCUGGAGCAGUUGUCUAUGAGGAGCCAGCGCCUAGCACUCUGUCUUCAGCCCAGGCAGAAGAAGAGCUCACAUACGAAGAACCCCCAGAGCAGGACAACCUCUAUGAGGAGCCGCCACUGGAACAGCAGCAAGAGGCUGGCUCUGUACACAUUGACAACUACAUGCAGGGCCAGGGCCUCAGCGGACAAGGGCUGUGCGCCCGGGCUUUGUAUGACUACCAGGCAGCUGACGACACAGAGAUCUCCUUUGACCCUGAGAACCUAAUCACGGGCAUCGAGGUGAUUGAUGAAGGCUGGUGGCGUGGCUAUGGGCCUGAUGGCCACUUUGGCAUGUUUCCUGCCAACUACGUGGAGCUCAUAGAGUGAGGCUGAGACCUGUCUUCCUUCUCCACUGAAGUGGCUUCCUUGUUGCUAAAAGAGGAGGCCUAAGAGUUAAUGUUUGGCACUCUUUCAGGAAUGGAACAUCAAUGAGGACAAGGCUCUCUUUGCCUUGAGUGCUCUGUGACCCCAGAUGUGGCAGUAUCCACUUCCUCCCCAAAUGCUUACUGCAACCUCCAGACCCUUCUACCAGCCUCACACUUGACCCCAGUGGGAGUGGCAUAUUGAGCCAAGCUUAACCUGUGGUCGGCUCUGGGUAGCCUCUGUCCAAGGACAGCAGCACUGAGAAGUUGAACUCAGAGCAGGGACUUCUGGGGCCACAUUCUGCAUUGCCUUUGUUUCUCUGUGUGGCUUCUAAGGGGUGGUAGCUGCAGCCGUCUUGAAAGGCCCUUGGGAAUCAUGAACUUAAGAGAAUUGCUUUUAGCGAAAUCUUGACCAAAGUCCAAGUAGACCGUAACGGUUUGACAGCAGGGAGGUUUUCAUACUAGAGGCUUCCCUGCCUCACUCCAUUUCUAUCCCUGUGUGUGUGCUGUGGGAAGGAGGAACGGGACGCCCAAGCCCCCAUCUCUGGGAAUAUGAAAAAUCAAAGACAUGACAUGACAUACAUCAUGUGGUUCCCUCAGUA